AUGUCUAUUACACCACUUGAUCGCUUUAUUAGAGCUUCGGAUUCGGUUAUUAGUUUUGAGGCACAGUUUAGAGCUCGUGAAGACACACUUGACGGACUCAAAAUUGAUUACUAUAAAGAGAAUUUGAACAAAUUGUGGGAAGCGGCUCAGUCGUCUUAUGACUUAUGUUUAGAUUUCUUGACAACUUCUGAGGACACUGAACCUGGUGAGAUUGAGGUGUCUGCCGCGAAAUUCCAAGCAACUUUUGAUGCGUUUGUAGAAUGUGCUUGUAGCCUAGAUAGGAAAAAACUUCAAUUCUCUCCCGUUAGUAAAUCUACUGAUACGCCAGUAAAGAAUCCGAAACCUUGUGACGGUCAACAUAAUUUGACUUUACCACCCUGCGACGUAGAAAUGUUUGAAGGCGAUUACCUUUCAUGGCCCGCCUUUCGGGAUCUGUUUACAGCCUUAUAUAUAAAUAGCUCACGUCUUACUGACAUUGAAAGGUUAUGUCACUUGCUACGUAAGACUAGUGGCGACGCAAAGAAAAUUGUGUCACAAUGUCCGCUUUCAGAUAAAGGGUUUCAAAUGGCUUGGCAAGAAUUAAAGGCAGCAUAUGAGAAUCCGCGUAUGUUGGUUAAUAACCAAUUAAAAGCGCUUUUUAGUCUUCCAGUCUUGGAAAAAGAGUCUUUCACAGGCCUCAAAGAUUUACAAGGAGGCAUUAAUAGUUGUUUGAAAGCGUUGUCGGAGUAUGAAGUGCCGACAGAAAAUUGGGAUCCCAUUCUUGUCUUUUUAUGCGUGCAGCGUAUUCCUGAUUGCACUGUGACCUUAUGGGAACAGAGCAUUAAGAAUAAAUUUGCUUUAUCACGCUGGAAAGAUAUGAAUGCUUUUCUUACGGAAAGGAUCCAAACUUUAGAAUGUCUUCGUGAUAUUCGAGAAACGCCUCAGACAAAGAAGUCUACGACACAAAAGGUAAAGACUCAUCAUGCUCAACCGGCAUCCAAUUCUCAUAUUUGUGUUCUAUGUAAGCAUCAAAGCCAUUUUCUGCGUGAUUGCAAGCGUUUUAAAAAUCUUUCAGUUUCGGAAAGAUAUUCUACGAUUAGGAAACAUCAUUGUUGUCUUAAUUGCUUAUCACGAACACAUGAGGUUAAGAACUGUACAAGUGCUCAUAGCUGUUCAGUAUGCAAGAAAAGACAUAAUACCUUGCUCCAUAGAAAUUCUUCAUCAUCGGAUGAAGCGAAUGCUAGUUCCAAUACAGUCACGAGUUCUGUUGUGGCUACGCCACCCACUCACUCUAGGUCUGUAGAAUCUUCAGCACCUACUUCCAACAACAAUAAUGCAGGUCCUUCUAAUCGACAAGUGUUCCACGUGUCUGAUAAUCGGACUGUACUUUUAGGGACUGCUAUGGUGAAUAUACGUCACCAAGGUAUGACAUACCCGGCUCGAGCCCUUAUUGACCCUGGUUCUGAAACAUCGUUUAUUUCGGAACGUUUGCAGAAUCAGUUAAAGAUUACGGCGCAUUUGACAAAUGCCCAAGUUUCUGGUGUUAACCAGACUGUUACUGCUACUUCUACCAAACUGUGCUCGAUCGAAAUAGCAUCUCCCUUGGACACUUCGAUUAUUUUGCGGACUAAUGCUCUUGUUAUACCGAAUAUUUCAGGUAUCUUACCAUCUUUUGUCUUAUCAGAUAAACUUUGUAGGGAUUUACCAAAUCUUCCACUAGCUGAUUCUCAGUUUUUCAAAUCCAGACCGGUUGAUCUGCUCUUAGGUGCCGAUUUAUAUCCCCAAAUUAUGUUAGGAGAAAUUCGUACGCAUAUUUUAGGAUCGCUAUUAGCUCAGAACACAAUAUUCGGAUGGAUUAUCACGGGUCCAGUGCCAUCCUCUUCUGUACAGGUAUUUAACACUAGGGUUGACUUUUCGGAAGAGGACAAUUUAAACAGUAGUUUACUUCGUUUUUGGGAACUGGAGGAAGCGCCGAAAAGAAAAAUUAUGUCCCCCCUUGAUCGGAUGUGUGAGGAAAAUUACAAGGCCACAACUCGUAGAGGACCUGAUGGACGAUAUAUUGUCACACUUCCUUUUAAAUCUGAUUUUCCCGAAAAGCUGUCGUUAGGUUCUUCAAAACAGAAUGUUAGGGCGCAAUUUUUGAGGACAGAAGCUUCCUUGUUGAGAAAACCAGAAAUAAAGAAAAUGUAUGACGAUGUAGUAAGAGAAUAUUUAGUUUUGGAUCACAUGAGGCCAAUAAUGGAGACCUCGUCUUCUAUUUCCUCUUGUUAUUUGCCGCACCAUCCUGUGAUCAAAUUGGAUCGAAAAACUACUAAGUUGAGGGUAGUCUUUAAUGCGUCAAAUAAAACCUCAAAUGGACUUAGUUUAAAUGAUUGUUUGUUGGUCGGUCCUACCCUUCAAGCUGAUUUAGUCCUACUUAUUUUGCGUUGGCGAUUUUUUAGAUUCGUGUUUAAUUGCGAUAUUACUCAAAUGUAUCGACAGAUAAGGCUUGACCAGUCUCAUACUCCUUUUCAGCGUAUUUUGUUUCGCGAUUCUCCGACGGAGGAAAUAAAGCAGUAUGAAUUACAGACUGUGACCUUUGGCGUCAAUUGUGCGCCUUAUCUGGCCAUCCGUAGUUUGUUACAGUUGGCAGAUGAUUGUGAGAGUCAAUAUCCACUUGCCUCGCAAAUUUUACGUAAAGGUAUGUACGUUGACGACGUACUUACGGGGACACAUGAUGUUGAAACCGCUUUGGUUGCUCGUGAUCAACUUAAAGCGGCAUUAUCAUCAGCAGGGUUUAAUCUUCGAAAAUGGAGUUCGAAUAAUAAGACAAUUUUAGCAGGUUUCCCCCCAGAACAUUUGGUAGAUGAAAAACUUUUAGUUUUUGUCGAAGCAAGUAGUUCGAAAACGCUGGGACUCCAAUGGAAUGCUCAUUUGGACGCGUUCUAUUUUAACGUGGAUCCCAUAGCAUGGCGUUCAAAAUAUACUAAGCGGGAAGUUUUAUCCACAAUAGCUAAAUUAUUUGAUCCAGUAGGUUGGUUAGGUCCUGUUAUAGUAGUGGCAAAAAUGAUAAUGCAGAGAAUUUGGCAGGAUCAGAUAAAUUGGGAUGAGAAUCUUAAAGUUUCAACGCUGGCCGAAUGGGAGAAAUUUGUGACUUCAUAUCAUGAAGUCAAUAGUAUCCAAAUUCCUCGAUGGGUUCAUUAUGAACCAGAAUCCUCAGUGGAACUUCAUGUUUUUUCUGAUGCCUCGGAAAAAGCAUAUGCGGGGGUGAUAUAUGUUCGAGUGGAAACACCUAGAGGGAAAAUUUAUUCACAUUUGCUCACAUGCAAGACGAAAGUGGCCCCGAUUAAAUCGGUUACUUUACCUCGUCUAGAACUUUGUGGCGCUGUAUUAGCGGCAGAUCUUUUGAAGGCUGUGCUUUGUGAAAUCGACAUUCCAUUAAACCAGGUUUAUUGUUGGACUGAUUCCACGAUCGUCCUUUCCUGGUUGAAAAAAGACCCCUGUACUUGGGCAACAUUUGUUGCAAAUAGAGUUUGCAAAAUACAAGAAAUUGUUGGCAAACAUAACUGGCAUCACGUCAGAUCUGAGGACAAUCCAGCAGAUUUAGGAAGUAGGGGAGUUACCCCUUCAAUUUUAGCUCAGAGCUCUCUUUGGUGGAAUGGUCCACAUUGGCUUAGAGAGAAAAAGUCUACUUGGAAUUUGAAAAGCCUAGGUAUGCUUGAUACCGAUCUUGAAGCUCGAAAUGUGAAAUCUCACGCCUCUUUUUUUGCAAACUAUGAGGAUGUGUUGGAUAGAUUUUCGUCACUUGAUCGUGCUAUCAGAGUUCUAUCUUACGUUUUUAGAUUUUUCCAUAGAACCCAUUCGUCUUAUAGGAAUCGCUAUUCGUAUGAUACAAUUACGCUAUCUGAUAAUGAAAUAAGACAUGUGAAACUACGUUUGGCCAUUGUGGCUCAAAAGGUCAAAUUUGCGGAAGAAUACAAGAGUCUACUGGAAAAAAGACCAAUUUCUUCUAAAAGUAGCCUGUUGCCCUUAAAUCCUAUUCUGGACAAUGAAGGUGUCAUGAGACUUAACGGUCGAUUGGCUAGAUCGCCUUCAUUAGCUUACACUGAAAGGCAUCCUAUUUUAUUGCCAUAUUCAUGUCGUUUCACUCUUCUUUUAGCGGAAUUUAUUCAUAAGAUUUCCAUCCAUGGUGGAAAUCAGCUUAUGCUACGGAUAAUACGGAUCGAAUAUUGGAUUCCUCGUGCAAAGACCCUUGUUCGGACUGUUGUAAAUAGGUGUAAACGAUGUAUCUUAGAUCGUAAACGCGCUUGCACUCAAAUUAUGGCUGCCUUACCUCCAGAACGAACUGAUUUAGAUCGACCGUUUACAACAACUGGAGUGGAUUUCGCUGGCCCAUUUGAUAUGAGAAAUUUAAAUGGUAGAUCGUGUCAGAUCUUAAAGGCGUAUGUAUGUAUCUUUGUAUGCUUUUCCACGAAAGCCAUACAUCUAGAAGUAACUUCGGAUUUAUCAACGGAUAAAUUCUUAGCGGCUUUUAAUCGCUUUAUAUCAAGACGCGGUUGUCCACUUACCAUCUUUUCGGAUAACGGGACGAAUUUUGUAGGAGCUUCUCGAGAGUUAGAACGAGAGUUUAAAACAUUUUUAUCAGAAUGUAGAGCUAGGAUGUGUACGACGUACGGCAUCAACGGCCUUUCUUGGCGUUUUAUUCCAGCUGGAGCACCUCAUAUGGGUGGUUUAUGGGAAGCGGGAGUCCGAAGUUUUAAACUUCACUUCCGUAAAGAAGCCCAUUCCGGCAAAUACACUUUUGAAGAACUUUCGACGGUCCUCGCUAGAAUUGAGGCAUGUCUAAACUCUCGACCUCUCAGUCCUAUGAGUGACGAUCCUAAUGACAUAGUGGCUCUUACACCAGGCCAUUUCCUAAUAGGGUCUCCAAUAUUAGCUCCACCUGAACCUUCGAUUUAUCAAUCUCCGCUUAGUCUUCUAAAUCGGUAUAGAAAAGUAAAGGCUUUGACUCAGCACUUCUGUCGUCGAUGGAAGGAAGAAUACUUGUCAGGGCUUCACAAACGUUACAAGUGGAAGUAUCCGGAACGCGAUAUAAUAACCGGAGAUUUAGUAGUUAUUCGAAAUGAGAAAAUGACACCCACUUCAUGGAAAAUGGGAAGAGUAGUUCGGACUUAUCCAGGAAGUGACAAUCACGUACGCGUCGCGGACAUACGUACCGAAAACGGGGUUAUAAAGCGACCAAUUACCAAACUGGUCGUUUUGACCAGUGAAUCUUUUUAA